CUUCAUAUUUUAAGGCGGGAACAAAAUCCAAUUUCCCUCCAUAAAUCUGUCUCCAGAUCACGUUUUCUGUUAUACUUUCACUCUCUCAGUCUGUCCAACAACAAAGUCCCAAAUUAUCAAAACCCCUAAAAUCUUAGAAAACCCUAAUUGUGCGAAAUUAGUCUAAUACUCUAAUUCAAUGGAUCAAUUAGCCGAGAAAGGCGAGCUUGAGGCCGGAAGAAGGAGCGUUCGGCGGAGGCUGGUUCAGUCGACGCUGUUUCCGCAGAAAUCGCCAGAACAAGAAUGUGACGGCGGAGAUCAAAAUGCCGACAAGGAAUGUGAAGUGGAGGGUGAUAAUGAGGAUGAUCAAGAAUUCUGUUGUGGUAGUCAGGGCAAGAAGAUUAGAAAGCGAAAGGGAAAGGCAACGCCUCCGGCUACUAAAGCUUCUAAAAUGAUGAAAGAGAAAUCUCCAAAGAACUCUACCCCGAAGAAAAACGGGAAGUCUCCAAAGAACACUACCCCGAAGAAAAACGGGGUUCGUAAUGGGAAAGUAUUGAGUAAUGUAAUGGAGAGUGAGGAGGCAUCUCCGCCCAUCCCUAAUUUAAGACUAGAAGCUAAAUUGACAGCUGAGGAAAAUACGCGGAUGUUUGCCGGAAAGCAGAUACAUCCUUUUUUCGCAGUAAGGAAAUCGGGAAAGAAAAAUCUGGAGAUGACUGAAGUAGACAGUAAUUGUUGUUCAAUUGGCAGAAAAGAUAAUACUAUUGGUCCUAUUCAUGUAUUUGAAAGGAUUCAGGAUGAAGUUGUGUCUAUUAAUUGGGGAAACUGGACCUUUUGCGAGAAAACAUCUACCAGUGGAAGUUGUAGUCUGGAGGGCACAAUCUCCUCUGUGUUUGAAAGCUCUGUGGAGUCCUUAAAUUUUGAAAAGCUUCCCAGUGAUUCACAUCCUGGUGAUGAGUCCCUUCUUCAAGAUAAAGUGUCUUCGGAUCGUUGUUGUAUUAAAAAAGAACAUGUGAUUGAAACAUCACCAAAAGUCUCGGUCAUGGUAGUUGAUGAGCAAGAGGCAUGCUGUCAGAUCUUGACUGGCUCAGAUACGCAGGACCAUCAGCUGGAUGAAAAUAGAUUUCCUGGGAAUGCUGCUUCUGUUAGAAAAUCUGAUGUGGAAGAGAAAUUUAUAUUUCCUCAAGAAAGGUUGAUGUCGUACUAUAAUGGUUGUGGUAAUCAGCCCAAGGUUAGCUUAUGGACAGAUAAAUACCGGCCAAAAAAUGCCACAGAGGUAUGUGGUAAUAAUGAAUCAGUAAAGUUUCUAAGUGAUUGGCUGCAUCUUUGGCGUGAAAGAGAAUUUCGAACCAUCAAAGAUUCCUCCGGUAGUGACAAAUGCAGUUUGCAAGAUGAUUAUGAAAUUGACUCUGAUUCAGAAAAUAUAGAUGAAGAUGGCUUGAAGAAUGUUCUUCUAGUUACUGGGCCUGUUGGGAGUGGGAAAUCUGCAGCUAUUCAUGCUUGUGCAGUUGAGAAAAGGUUCAAAGUUCUAGAGAACAAUGCAUCAGAUUGUCGAUUUGGAGCCGUUGUGAAGCAGAAAUUUGGAGAGGCUUUAGAAUCACAUUGCCUGGACAGGUCAAUGGGAAAUCCUCUGGAUUUGCAGAAUAAGAAUAUCAUGGAAUCUACCAAUAUUUUAUGCAAUGGUGAAGCAUUGCAGCAAGUUGAUGAUGAGAUGAUCAAAGUGAUACGUACAUCAGAUAAAGAAAAUUCUCGUGAAGUCUUGGGAACUUUAGGGAAGUAUGUCUGCAAAGAGAGAACUGUCUAUGAUAGAGCAGUUAUUAAACCCUUGAUUCUUUUUGAGGAUGUGGAUAUCAUUUUUGCUGAAGACCGUGGUUUCAUUGCCGCCAUUCAACAAAUUGCAGAAAAAGCUAAGGGGCCUGUAAUAUUGACUAGCAAUAGUAAUGAUGUCAUUCUGCCGGACAAUUUGGACAGGUUCGAAAUAUCUUUCACCAUGCCAUCGCCAAAGGAUCUGCUUUCCCAUUUGUUUAUGAUCUGUGCCGCUGAGAAAGUGGACAUUGAACGUCAUUUACUGGAGCAGUUGAUUGAAUACUGUGAUACAGAUAUCCGGAAAACCAUUAUGCAUAUCCAGUUCUGGUGCCAGAAUAAAAGAUCUGGAAAAGAUAAAAUAAUGCAGAAAGUGUGUUGUCCACUACUAUUUGAUGCUGACGCUGGCCAUCAAAUGCUUCCAAAGAUAAUCCCUUGGGAUUUCCCAUCUGAGUUAUCUGAACUGGUUGAGAAGGAGAUCUCUAAGUCGCUAUCCUUGAUGGAAGAAAAUACAAUUUUGAGGGAGUUAGCAGAGGGGGAAGGACAUAAGCAAAUGCUAAGUAGGCAGGAUAUGCAUAAUAUUGAAACAGACAGCAUAGAGGCCAAGAAGAAAGCAAUGUUAAGCUUGAAUUGCUCUGUUCACACUAACAAUGAAUUCGAAGAUCCUCCCAAUACUGCCUGUGGGCUUUCCAGUUUCCCUGGUACCCCAGUUUCAUUUGCUCGGCGAGACAUUAGGAGAAAAGUGAAUGUAGUUACAUCUUCUGAUUCUGAAGAUGAUCUCUUCCUUGAUAGAUGUCCUCCAAUGGCAGAGAAGAGUACUAACAAAGAAUUAUACCAUGAAGAUUAUAGUAGUUUUCAUUUUUCAAAUACACAAAACUGCAUAAAACCACCAACUGACAAGCUACUUCAUUCUGAAGCAGAAAACAUUGAGGAAAACCAUAAUCAAUGUUCAGAAAUAGCAAACAACAGCUAUAUUAAUGGUACAUGCAAAUCAGUUGAUAUAUCAGGUGUGCCAGAAUCAACAAUUGUUCCAGAAACCGAAAUUGUUGAUGGAGUAGAGUUGUUAUCCGGGACAGUGUGUAGUGGUGAUGUUGCUGAAACUGUAGAAGUUUCUGUGGGAAAUGGGUUUGAUCUUAACCUUGCACCUGUUGAAGCUGAUUAUGAAUCUCCAGUCAGAUUACCUGAAUUUUCAGAUAUGUUGGGAAAUAUUUGUGAUCUUGCAGAACCAUCUCAAGGAGAGGAUGUGGAAGAUUCCCAAAACGAACAUGGGGAGGCUGUGUCGAGAGGGUAUCAAGUUUUGGAUGAGUGUAGCCGCAUAGAUUUUGAGAAGAGAUCUGAACCCAUGGAGAAGCAUAGGUGCUGUUUGGCAGUUGAUCAAGUAAAAGAAUCAUGGAGUAAACUUCGUCACAGCCAAAUAGACCUAAAACAGUAUGUCACCUCAGAAAAGACAGAUGCUUUUCAAAUUGUAAAACUUGCUAAUGGGAUGUGCAAACUAAUUUCUGAUUCUGAUCUGUUACUUUCAAAGUGCCAAACUCUAGACUAUUUGGAAGUGUCAAAGUUUCCUUGUGAGGAAUCAGAUUCAUCCAGCUGGCGUGAUGAACACUCACAGAUGACUUCCACAAUAGCACAGCAUGGAUUCCACUUUGCUGCAAAAAGUGUUUCAACUGUAGGAUCAAAUCUAGCCGCUGACAGAAUGAAGGAUUUGAGUUGGGAAAUGUUUUCUUGCACAACUAAUAUGAUGGCAUCCGGUAAAUUACCCAAAAGUAAAGCAUUGUCAGAAAGUGAGGUGAAGUCAAGUCUUUUCAAUACAAUUAAGUCCAUAGUUCCAAGGAAAUCUUACUUAGCACUGAAAGGUGAUGCAUUUCAUGAAUAUCUUUCUUCAUUGGGCUGCAUUUCAAGAUCAGAAACUUCUCGUUUAUCAGAACUCAAGAAUAAGACAAAGAGACGGAGGGCUCGAGGUGCUCGGCAUUAUUUGAGUACUGGUGCACUAAUGUUGUCUCCUGAAGAUAUUUCAGUGCUGGGUCAAUCUAACUUAUAUGGGAAGAAUUGAUCCCAAAUUAAGGAUGAUGGUAGUUUCAGAUAGAGAAUAAUCAAAUCUAAUCUAACUAACCUUUUGAAUUUUACUAAAAUUUAGUUGGCUUGGCUGAAUUUCCACCAGAUAGUAGAAAAAUGCACAGACGUGGUAUCGGAAACUGAUCACAGUUCAUUGAAGAAUGAAUUUGCAGGCAAUUGCCAACCAUGACGUUAUCUGGGAUGUGAUUCCAUCCUUUUGAUUCAUUGUAUAGUUGACAGUUAAAGCGUUCUCCUUGUAUUGAUAACAGUAUUUAAAGCAAAAUGAUAUUCAAAUACAAAGU